GAAAGAGCUUGCAGUAUACCAUUAAAGAAAACUAGUUUUGAUGAAGAAAUUAAAGAGUAUGUAAAAAGUUUUCUUAUCUUAAAAAAUUCACAAAAAGAAAAAAUAUUUAAUAUUAGCAAAGUAUUAGACAUUUGUGAGUCUAAGAAAAGAUGCGAUUUUGUAUCUUAUUCGCCAAAAAGAAUACUUAGAAACUCCAUUUUUUAUGAACAUGAAAAGGAGUUAAAACAUACAGGCGCAAAUUGGGUCUGCUCAGGAGAUAAAUGGGUGCUUUCACGUCCAAAAAAAUAUUGGAUUACUGCCGUUAAGGAGGAUCACAUAAAAGAAAAUUUGAAGAACUACAAGUUGAUUUCUUUGAACAUAUCUGGGGAAUGCGAUAGGGAACAUGUCUUGAUGAAAAUUAGUAAAUUCAUUUCACCUAAAGGAGUGGCAGAAGAGUGCAACAAAAUCCCUAACUGCAAAUUUAUCGUAUUUAAUUACAAUAGGCAGCUGGGGGGAGAAAAAAAAGCGGAUGACAUGGCAAUACUUUGUUCCCAACCCCCUAUAAAUAGAAAAAAUAAAUUAGGUUUCCUGAUAGUUGGAAAGAAUUAUAUAGAGGUGCCUUAUGGGAAAAGGAAAACAGAUGACCGAAAAAAAAAAAUCAUAAGCGCAAAAGGAGGAACCGUUGGAGGAUCCAUAACUCCUGAUGUAAGAUUAACUAGUAGGAAAAGGGGAAUUGUAAACCUACAUUUGUUCACAUAUAGGUUAUUUAGCUAUCUAACAGUAUGA